UCGUCGUCGCCCUUAAACCCAACAAAACAAACCCAGUCUUGGAAAAUUUGUGUCGAUCAUAACUUCAAAUUUAACAGCUAGAUGGACUUAGACGGUGUUAAAUGUGCAUUUAAAACCUGGCGACUAACAUUGUGUGCAUCAUUUAACAACGUUAAUUAACGUAAAUAGUUGUUAAGAGGACGUUAAAUGGGUAUAAAAGAGUGCUGCUCCAUGUUUUUUUCCGGCCUGCCAGACCCGGCUCUUCCCUUCCUUCCUUCUCUUCUUCUUGGCACAUUUUUUGCAGGUUUUUUUCUGCUUUUUUUCUAUAAGAAGAGCACUAAUUUACCACUCAAAAUCAUAUUGAUACACAUAGUGAGGAAGCUGGUGUGUUUACUGCCCGGAAAUGAUCACGAUGAGAGCGAAACAUGUUUAAGCCCAGAUUGUUUCCGGUGUAAUAAAUACCAGCAACUCAGGGUUCAAAUUGUCGAAAAAUGGAAGGAAAUGGGUGGAAAUGGGGUUAAAUUGGCCUCACGGGAGGUGGAAGAGGCUGUCGGAAAAGUUGAGCGCGAAAUCGAGUCGAACGUGAAGGUCGGAGCGGGUGAGCGACGGAGGGAAAAAAAUGGGGGAAAUAAUUUGCAUCUUCAGAAUCCGACUCUAUUUAAAAUGGAGCUGACUGCUAACCCCUAUUGGAAUGAUUUUGACAUUUACAAGGAGCUUGAUUUUCUGAAGCUGAAUUUUGCGAUAAUCUUCAAGGAAUUUGUGACGGUCUUCGACGCUCUCAAAAGCGGCGACAACUGGGGAUGGAAAUCAAAUGACAUUGGUGAAGGCCACUGGUGUAUAUUUCCCUUCAUCGACCAGGGCCUCAUCAACGAAUCGAAUUGUCGUCGAUGUCCUAACGUAGCGGCGAUUCUGGACGCUCUUCCAUCGCUCAUGAAGGACUGUGUGUUUGGAAAUGUGUGUUUCUCUAUCCUCUAUCCUGACUCCCACAUCAAGGCCCAUUACGGGCCUAGUAAUAUACGACUAAGGUGUCAUUUAGGCAAGUUUCACCAAGGUUCAACUUUCACAUACGUAUAAUAUAAUUUUUUGGCUUA